AUGCCUCACACUUGCUGCCGUCCUCCAAGGACCCCUCCAAGGACUCCCUCCAAGGACCCCUCCAAGGACCCCUCCAAGGACCCCUCCAAGGACCCCUCCAAGGACCCCUCCAAGGACUCCUCCAAGGACCCCUCCAAGAACCCCUCCAAGGACCCCUCCAAGGACCCCUCCAAGGACCCCUCCAAGGACCCCUCCAAGGACCCCUCCAAGGACUCCACCAAGGACCCCUCCAAGGGCCCCUCCAAGGACUCCACCAAGGACCCCUCCAAGGACCCCUCCAAGGACCCCUCCAAGGACCCCUCCAAGGACCCCUCCAAGGACCCCUCCAAGGACUCCCCAAGGUCAAGGACCCCUCCAAGGACCCCUCCAAGGACCCCUCCAAGGACCCCUCCAAGGACCCCUCCAAGGACCCCCUCCAAGGACCCCUCCAAGGACCCCUCCAAGGACCCCACCAAGGACCCCUCCAAGGACUCCACCAAGGACCCCUCCAAGGACUCCACCAAGGACCCCUCCAAGGACCCCUCCAAGGACCCCUCCAAGGACCCCCUCCAAGGACCCCUCCAAGGACCCCUCCAAGGACCCCUCCAAGGACCCCUCCAAGGACCCCUCCAAGGACCCCUCCAAGGACCCCUCCAGGACUCCUCCAAGGACCCCUCCAAGGACCCCUCCAAGGACCCCUCCAAGGACCCCUCCAAGGACCCCUCCAAGGACCCCUCCAAGGACCCCUCCAAGGACCCCUCCAAGGACCCCUCCAAGGACCCCUCCAACGACCCCUCCAACGACCCCUCCAACGACCCCUCCAACGACCCCUCCAACGACCCCUCCAACGACCCCUCCAACGACCCCUCCAACGACCCCUCCAAGGACUCCCUCCAAGGACCCCUCCAAGGACCCCUCCAAAGACCCCCUCCAACCUGA